UGGGAGCUCGAGGGCCAGGCUGGGCAGGCGAGGCUGGUUUCCUCCAGUCAGCAAAGCGAGUGUGAGUGAAGCAGUAAGGGCUUGGAGCUGAGUCGAGACUGUCUGACGGCUGGAGCGAAGUGUAUGAGGGAGAUCAGUGAGUGUGAGCGAAAUGGGUGUGCUUGUGUGUGAGAGUUUGUGAGGCUCGGGGAGAGACCUGGGUUUAUGUCUGUGUGAGAGAGGGGAGCCCUCUGUCGCAGUAGUUAAACACUCGGCUGCUAGCCGAAAAGUCGGCGGUUCGAAUCCACCAGCCGCUCUUCCAGAGAAGGAUGUGGCAAUCAGCUUCUGCAAAGAUUACAGCCUUGGAAUCUUUUAUAGGGCGGUCCUAGUUUGUCCUGUAGGGUAGCUAUGAGUCAGAAUCUACUCGAUGGCCAUGGGUUUGGUUUUGAUUUGGAGUGAGAGAGAUUGGACUGUGAGGGCUCAGUGAGUAUGACAGACCAGGGUAUGUUUGUGUCUGUUUGGGUGAGACCAAGUGUGCAUGUGUGAGAUUGGAGUGUCUGUGUGUGAGGUUGUGUAAGAGACAGGAGUGUGUGUAUCCGUGUGUGAGUGUGAGAGAGACUGGAAUAAAAGACCCGGAUGUGUUUUGUGCAUGUGAGAGAGACCAGUGAGUGUUUUGAGACCAGAGACAGACAGUGAGCAACUGGAAUGUGAGAGAGAUGUGUGUUUGUGUAUCUGUGUGUGUGAGAGACUGAAGUGUGAGAAAAAUUGGCGCUUCUCUAUGUGAGAGAUUGAAGUGUGAGAGAAAUGGGUGUGUCUCCAUGUGAGAGAGACCAUAGUGUUUGUGUAUAUGUGAGGAAGAGAAUAAGGGAGAGAGACCAGUGGUGUGGUUGUGUGUGAGAGAGUGAUUAUGUGAAUCAUGGUGUGUCACCCUGAGUGCUUGCAAAUAUAGUCCCUGUAAGGCUGUGGAGUAUGCAGGUGUGAGACAAAGAUAAGGGACGGUAAGCCCUGGGUGUGUGUGAGAGUAAGAUUGGGGGUAUAUGUGAAGAGGUGUGUGUAUCACCGUGUGUGCUUGUACCCAUUGCCCCUGCGAGACCAUGGUGUAUGUGACUCUUUAUGAUGUGCCUUUCCCUGGAUACUUUCAGUCAUAUGCUAUGUGUGAACAGGAAGUUUGUGAGAUCUUGUAAUGUUUGUAUGUCAUCCUGGAUGAUUGUUAGUGUGCCCUGUGUGAUGUGGCGUGUGGGGAGAGACUGUUUGGGAGACUGAUCGCAUUGGAUUUGUGUGUGUGUGUGUGUGUGGGCUUUUGGGAUUGUGCGUUGCCAGGAUAAGAACCCGGGAGUAGAACUCCCUGCCCCCAGUCCAAAAGUUCCAAUAAGAAACAAGAACUGAGGUGCCUGGAGAUGACAGAAUUCUGGCUCAGGAAAUGCCCCCAGUUCUGGGUGACAGAAAGGAGAGGAAACCAAGGGGCUGAGUACAGAGAUGAGAGUGAGUGGAGCAGAAUUGGGUGCUAAAGGAUCCAUUGCCCCAAGGUUUGAGGAAACUGAAGUCUGGAAAAAACUCCUUUGUGUUUUGAUGGAAAAGGAGGAUAUCCCUGGCUUCUAAUGCCAUUUAGGAGUUAUGUUUUCAAGCUUCUUGCUGUCACAACAUGAAGCAGAGACCCAUGGAGAGACAAAGAGUCUACUACCUGUAAAACUGAGGAAAUAACAAGUAUUUGGUAGGAUUAUUUUGAAAAUAAAGUGAGAGAAUGUAUGUAAUCUACACUGAGUACCUAACACAUCUCUAUUGUUCUUUUUAUUCAUUAUAAUAAAUGGGAAGGUAACUUUUGGAAAAAAGAUUAAAUUUAGGACCUUGGGGAUAAGGGAAACAAGUUAUAAAUUAUACCCACUUAACAGCCGAAGUGCUAACCAAAGGGUCGGCAGUUCGAAUCCACCAGGCGCUCCUUGGAAACUCCAUGGGGCAGUUCUACUCUGUCCUAUAGGGUCGCUAUGAGUCAGAAUCAACUCAGCAGCAGUGGGUUUGGUUUGGUUUGGUUUGGUGAAGAGCCGAAGGUUGCCCAUAAUCUCCCAGGUAGGUGGGCAGUAAGUCUGAUGGGACUUGGAGGAAGAAGGGGAAGACAAAGUUUGGAGGCUGGUGAUUCUGCGAGUGCAGAGGAGGCCUCAUUUGUAACUAUCCUUUCUCUUCUUCCAGUUUUACCAUCAAAGAGCGACACCAGGAGGAGAAAAUAAAAAUGACUGUUGAACUAGUGAAAGCCAUGCCACAGGACUUGGCGACAUUCAAGGAUGUAGCAAUAGACUUUUCCCAGGAGGAAUGGGAAUGGCUGAACCCUACUCAGAGGAGUUUAUACAAGAGUAUGAUGUUGGAAAACUAUCAGAGCCUGGCAUCACUAGGACUUUGCAUUUCUAAGCCAUAUAUGAUCUCCUUAUUGGAACAAGGGAAAGAGCCGUGGGAAGUGAAGAGUGAGAUGACAGGAGGCCCAUUCCUGGAUUGGGAAUCUAUAUAUGAGACAGAAGAAUUAUCUCUGAAGCAGGCCAUGUAUGAUGAAGCAUUAAUGGUGAGAAUUACAAAUUAUAGCCUUGAGUGUUCCACUUUCAGAGAAAGUUGGAAGUGUGAAGAUCUUUUAGAGAAGCAGAGGGUAAGUCAAGAAAUGUGUAUCAGGCAAGAAACAAACACUCAUAAAGAAAUCCUUACUAAGGAGAUAGGCUACAAAUAUAACAAAUCUGAGAAAUGUGUUUAUCUGAACAAUAUAGGAGAGCAUGUUCAUAAUCACGAGUCAGAUAAAAAAAAAAGCUUUACCAAAAAUUCAAGGAUAAUAAAAUAGCACAAAGGAGUCUAUACAGGAAAAAAACAUUUUAAAUGUAAUGAAUAUGAGAAAACCUUCACCCAGAGUUCUUCCCUUACUGUUCAUCAACGAAUUCACACUGGUGAAAAACCAUAUGAGUGUAAGGAAUGUGGAGAAGCCUUCAACCAGAGUCAACAUCUUGCUCAACAUCAGAGAAUACAUACUGGAGAAAAACUCUUUGAAUGUAAGGAAUGUAGGAAAGCCUUCAGCCAAAAUGUACCUAUCCAACAUCAAAGAAUUCACACGGGAUAAAAACCGUAUAAACGUAAGGAAUGUAGAAAAGCCUUCAGCCAGCCGGCACACCUUGCUCAGCAUCAGAGAAUUCAUACUGGAGAGAAGCCCUAUGAAUGUAAGGAAUGUGGGAAAGCCUUCAGUGAUGGCUCAUCUUUUGCUCGACACCAGAGGUGUCACACUGGCAAAAGACCCUAUGAAUGUAGAUGUGGGAAAGCUUUGAGGCAGAACACAUCCCUUAUUUGUCACUGGAGGUAUUACCAUACUGGAGAGAAACUGUUUGAUUGCAUUGAUUGUGGGAAAGCCUUUAGUGAUCACAUAGGGCUUAUUCAGCAUAGGAGAAUUCAUACUGGAGAGAAACCCUACAAAUGUAAUGUGUGUGGAAAAACCUUUAGCUAUGGUUCAUCCCUUACUGUCCAUCAGAGAAUUCAUAUGGGAGAGAAACCUUAUGAAUGUGAUGUUUGUGGGAAGGUCUUUAGCCAUCAUGUCACUCAGCAUCAAAGAGUACAUUCUGGAGAAAAACCAUAUGAACAUAAGGAAUGUGCUAAAGCCUUUAGGCAGAGUAUACACCUUGCUAGUCAUGUGAGGAUUCAUACUGGUGAAAAACCUUAUGAGUGUAGUGAAUGUGGAAAAGCUUUUAGCAUCAGUUCCCAGCUUGCUACUCAUCAGAGAAUUCAUACUGGAGAGAAACCAUUUGAAUGUAAGGAAUGUGGUAAAGCUUUCAACCAGAGGGCACACCUUGCCCAACAUUACAAAAUUCAUACUGGAGAAAAACCUUAUGAGUGUAAGGGAUGUGGUAAAGCCUUCAGCCAGACUACCUGCCUUAUUCAACAUCAGAGAGUUCAUAUCAGAGAGAAACCCUGUAAAUGUACUGAAUGUGGAAAAGUUUUCAGUGAUAGCUCAUCCCGCACUCAGCAUUGGAGACUUCAUACUGGUCAAAGACCCUAUGAAUGUAUUGAAUGUAGGAAGACAUUCAGAACAAAGUCAUCCAUUAUUUGUCAUCAAAGAUGCCAUACUGGGGAGAAACCUUAUGAAUAUAGUACGUGUGGCAAAGCCUUUAGCCAUUGUCAGUCCCUUACCGUUCAUCAAAGAAUUCAUUCUGGAGAGAAACCUUAUGAAUGUAAGGAAUAUGGGCAAACCCUCUGCCAGAUUGGACACCUUAACCUGCAUAGAAGAAUUCAUAUUGGAGAGAGAGCUCAUGAAUGUAAAGAAUGUGGAAAAGUUUUCCAGCAGGGUGCGCAUCCUGUGCAUCAUCAAGUUCAUGAUGUGGGGUCAUCUCGGGCAUCUUGCUCUUUCUCACCCUCUGUGUCACCAAGUCCUGCAGACAUACAUGUUCAGUAUUUCUGGAAUUCAUCCAGUUCUUUCAACUCUCAUUCCCCUACCCCAAAACACAAUCAUUUCACCUGGACUAUUCCAACCAUCCAAAAGAUGGUUUCCUGGUCCUCUUUUACCCACUUCAAAUGUGUUCUUCACAUUACUUCCACGAUGGCCUUUUAAAGAUAUAAAUGUAAUUAGAUUGCUUAUCAUAAAACCUUCAUUUUGAAAUUUUAAAUGACUUGAUACUGUGAAGUACUUAACGCAAUUGAAAGCCAUUUUGGAGGGCAAUAUGGUAUUCCCUGUCAACAUUUUAAAUGUAAUCACCCUUUGCGGCAAUUACUCAUCUAAGAAUUUACCUCCUAGGAAAGCAGAAGUGCAAAACUUCAGACGCACAAGCACAUUUUUUUAAUAAAAAUUAGAAACAUCUUAAAUAUCUGUCAGUAGUAAACUGGUUACUUAAAUUAUGAAACAUCAGCUCAGUAGAUUAUUAUGUAGUCACCUCAAAGAAUGAGGUGGAUAUCUGUGUCUACUCAUAUAAAAAGGUAUCUUGCAGCUUCUUGAUUGAAAAAUAUAAUUUUUAUAGCUGUAGUAUGAUUUCAUAGCUAAAACUUUGUAAACUUUAUAAAUUUAAAAUUAUGAAAAUAUAUAUUAGUGUAUCAGAUGAUAUUUGUGUUUGUUCCUAAUACGAACAGAAACUACACGUACACAAAUACACACACCAACUCCUUUUCCUGGGCUGCUUUGGGUGAACUCCUGUGUCAUUCCAUGAGGCUUUGUUUGUGCUGCCAAUUGUACGUGGUUCAACUUAAUCCAGUCAUGUACUGUCUCCCCCUUGAACCACA